AUGGAAGGAUUCUCAAGAUAUUUGGACAGAGAUGCUCACCAAAAUCUGUUUAGUGGGUUUUCUGUAACACCUUUUAGCAUUAUUUUCAAUCACCUGCAUUAUGUUGAUGAAACUAUAUUCUUCAUUGAUCACAUUAAAGAGGAACUUCUCGAUUUAUUUUCAUCUCUCAAGUGUUCUGAGUACAUCGCCGGUCUAAAGGUUAAUACCUCUAAGACAAGACUCAUAGCAAUUGGUGAUAUGCCAGAAUUAUCUGUGUGGCCUUCUGAGUUUGGUUGUGCCACUGACAAACUCCCUUUCAUGUACCUUGACAUGCCUCUUGGAGCUAAAGCAAAUUUUAAGCGCAUAUGCGACCCUAUUAUUGAGAAGUUUGAGGAAAUAUUAUCACUCUGGAGACAGAUUUCACUUUCUAAGGGAGGUAAACUUGCUCUCCUAAAAUGUUUACCUACCUCUCUGCCAAUUUAUUAUUUUUCUCUUUUCAAAGCCCCUGCAACAGUAAUUAAAACUCUCGAGAAGAAAAUGAGAAAUUUUCUUUGGGAACAUGGCGCUGGAUCAAUGGUUUCAUUAAUUGGGGUAUCGUUUGUGCUGACAAAGAGAGAGGUGGUUUGGGUGUUUGCAAUUUGA